AGGAUGCUGAACCGGACGGAAUUGAAGGACGUGUUUCAGAGAUGUAUGCUAAGCGGAGCAGCGGCCAUUGCCAAAGUUGUGGUGAAAGCAGAAGCCCGCGAAGACAACUGGACAGUCCAAGAGGUAGGGAAGGCCACCACACCUGACUCUGCAGCGUUCAUUGGACUUUGCCUGGGAGAAGCUGGGAAGUUGUCGCGGGUUCUGAACCAAGUCAUGUGUCCCUCGAUGCAUCCGAGCCUUGCCCCGGGUGCACCGGGGCAGAUGUCGGUGACCGAGCUCUUGGAGACGCGACAAGCUUUGGGUUUGAUGGGCACCAGCCGCCAGUUCGCAGUGAUUGGACCUUGGGAAGGCGAAGCUCCAAAGACUAGUGCCGCAGCAUCCUUGUCUUUAAGGCUCCUUCAAGCAGCCUUCAAAGCUUUGCAGUUGCCUCACGUCGCGGUGCAAGAUUUCGCCAGGAGUAGUGAAGAGGCUUCACGGCUUUUGGCUUUGGCUUCCACGGGUGGUGCUGUGCUCCUUGGACCACUCACCUCGCAGCUGGCCUCUGAAGCUUGGGCAGACGUGAGUUAUGUGGAUUGCGUGGUGCAGCGGAAUGGGAAGUUGACGGGUCACUGCUGCAAAUCCGAACGGCUUAAGGAGCGACUGCAGCCUCUGGGCUCCAAGCGAACAGCUGCGAUUCUGGGCGAACGUGGCGACCCAGCUGCCUGUGUGGCAGGGCUCCAUGCUGUGGGCUUCCAGCGGAUCGUCACGGCCACGCCCUGUGAGGAGCCAGAUGUGGAAGUGGUCCAAGACCUGUCCAAGGUGAAAGAUUUGGACGCUUUGAUCUACAUGGGGAUGGAGAUGCCACUGGAGAAGUUGCAGCAGAGCCUCACUGAAAUAUGUCAGUCAAACAAACCCAUGGUGAUUGAUAUGUCCUUGCAGAUGGCGCCAACUUGGCUAUCAGAGUUGGCAAAGAAGUCAGACUGUCAGAUGGUCAGCUCAGAGGUCUUUCUUUUGGAGGAGAUGCUGGCUUGGUUCCGGGCCUGGCACAUUGAGGCAAAGGCAGAUGUUCUGAAAGAGGUCGUCGCCAAAGAGCUGGUGAACUUCAGAGAGGCUUCACAGCAAGCGCGGCAAGCUUGGACUUAAGGUGUGCUGGGCGCAAUGGCUGCUGCCCAGUGUCAGGCUGUAUUUGGCCAGCCUGCGCGUUUAGAUUUUUUCACAGAUAGCCACGGGCGAAGACCAUGAGUCUCCCUCUGCGUCCUCAAAAA